AUGUUGACAUGGAAUGUAUUGGCUGCUGUCAUGCGACAUCACACUCUGCAGGCCCUUGGUAGUCGCCACAUGUCUCAAAUACUAAUGAAACAAUUAUCGACGAGAAACGUGGUUAAGUGCCUCUGUACGAGUUCUGGAGCCGGAAAAACAAAAGGAGAGCAAUCCAUCGCUGAUCAACUCAAGAGCAAGUUUCCCAGUGCGAAAAUAAUUGAUGUUAAUGACAUAUCAGGUGGUUGUGGUUCAAUGUAUGAUAUAAUCAUCGAGACUGCAGAGUUUAAAGGAAUGUCAAAGGUCAACCAGCAUCGGAAAGUCACAGAAGCAUUAAGCGAACAAAUAAAGGAGAUGCAUGGAUUAAGAAUACAUACUGUAGUGGGAGAGUCAUAGGGUGCAUGCAGAAAUAGGCUUUUUCAUGGGUAGUGAAAUUGAUUGUAGUGGGCUUAACCAAUUUUAUAAUUAGUGAACAAUGUAAAGCAUAUUUGAUGAUUAGUUUUUCCAUUUCUAAUAUAUUUUGCUCAACUAAACAAUCACAUUGAAGUUUUGUUGUUGUUAAUAUUGUAAAUUAAUCAAGGUCCAUAAUUUGGAUGUGGAUGGGCAAAUGUGGUACAGAAACUAUUGUUAUUUAUCAGUAGGAUAAUAUAGCCUGUUUGUAGAGCUAGUUGUUUUUGUAAGCUGCAAACUAAAUAUCACCAUAUCUGAGUGAUUGCUAGUAGUCAAUUCUGGUUACGCGUGUAAUGUAUGUAGUAAUAACAUAAGCAAGUUCUUAUGUUACAGGAAGAACUUCAUCCCUCCUUGCACGAUAAAAUAUGAUCUGUAGUUAAACCAUAAUAAUGAUGGGCCAAGGCCGCCUUAGUGUUUAUAAAUUCAUUUGUGUGGCAUGGUUUUUGUGCUCUUAUGGUGAGGACAGCAAAACAACACAGUGUGAUUGAUUUAACUCUCACAUGUUUUACUUUGCCCAUGUCAAAAUACUCCAUAUGUCAUGAUUCUGCAUAAUAAUUAUUCGGAGCAUACGUCACGUGUGGUAAACCACCCAAAGCGGAGGAAGAGCUUGAAUUCAAGCGAAAAACGGUACAUCUACCAUCAUUAUGGGGACAUUCUGACUAAACAAGCUAGCGCCAGUCGGAUCAAUGCAGCAAUAUGCGGACAGAUGGUACGAACGAAACGCGUGUAUGGCUGGCGCCGGUGCAUGGAGCAAAAUCGUACAUUUCCUUAACAUUUGUUGUAUGUAUGACAUUGUUAGACACCGGUAACGCCAACAUCAUGGAACUGGCCGUUUUGUAGAAUGUAACAGUACGUACUGUUGUACGUACGUGCUGUGCUGUGCUCAAAUAAAAGAACAUUUUCCUGUGA